GCUGGCUGGCACCUGUGCGAGGCGUAGACAUGCGGAAGUGUCAGGCAGCUGUGUCCGGGCAGCCGCAGCAGCAGGAUGGCGGCGUCUGUGUUACCCCGAUCUCUGCUGCGCGCCGUGAACGAGCUGCUGAAGAAGAAGCGGUACCGCGCUGCCCUGGCUGUCAUCAAAGGAUUCCGCAACGGAGCAGUAUAUGGAGCUAAGAUUCGAGCCCCACAUGCACUGGUGAUGACAUUCCUGUUUAAGAGUGGAGGUUUGAAAGAUAAGUUAAAAGCCAUCUUCGAAGCAACAUUCACCCAUUCACGGAAUCUAGCUUAUUUCGUCUUCACGUAUAAGAGUCUCUUGGCCGCUCAAGAGAAGAUAUAUGGAAGCAAAUGGCAGUUUCACUCCUUCGUGGCAGCUUGUGUGGGAGGAUGGCUGGUAUUUGGAGAGAAUAAUAACAUCAAUAGCCAGAUCAAUAUGUACUUGCUGUCUCGAGUCCUUUUUGGUCUGUCUCGGUUGGCAGUAGAAAAAGGAUAUAUCCCCCAGCCUAAGCAAGAUGUGUUCCCGUUCUUUUCUGCCAUAGUGUGGGGAUUUGUGCUUUGGCUGUUUGAAUAUCACAGACACACGCUUCAGCCCUCAUUGCAGUCCUCGAUGACUUAUCUGUAUGAUGACAGCAACAUCUGGCAUGACAUCUCUGAUUUCUUGAUAUACAACAAAUCCAAACCUGCAGAGGCAAAAUAACAAAACGCUCUACAGUACAGCCUUUAUGCACAGAAGAAUGUACCUUUUUAAUGAUGGGGAUUGGAGAGUUAGACCCCUUUAUUCUUGAAUUACUACAAUGUAAUGUCUAAACAUAGCCACACACCGACCAGUACUGCAGAUUGACCCAAGAAUGGAUCAACUGGAUUAUAAAUUGGUUUGGUCAUAUGGGACAAGAUUCAUUCCUUUUCUAUCUUGGGUCAAGCAGCUUGAUUAAUUCCUGCUUCAUUUUUGCAAUUGGAAGAUGACUACAUACCUAGUCCUAUAGUGAUCUUCUGACCUCAUUUGUGCAGUAUUGAGAAGAUCCUCCAUUCUGGUCAUUUUAAGGCCCCAUACAUUAUUCAAUAUUAGUUGUUUUUUCCCCCCACUAUAGGCCACAUGGGAAACAUGGAUGGCCAUCUUAACCAUAACAUUAAUAUAUGGGUGUAAUACCAGAUGGCAGUAUUUAAUUUGAUUUAGAUUUUUAUAUUUGUAACACUACUGUUCUAGGUUUCUAUUUCCUACAAGUUACUAAAGUAGUCAUUGCUACCAUCCCAAGCAUUAAAUGGUAUUUGGUCUGAUAAUCUAUCGAUUGUUUUGUGCCUGUGAAGCUGUCUUAGAUGUAUUUACGCAAUGCCCUGUAAGUUGGAACUGUUAAUUUCCUUAAUUUAUAAAAGUCAUUUUUUUUUAUUUAUUUUUAAUCAAUUUCUCAGCUGAUUAUGUAAAUUGCUUGUAUGAACCAGGUAAACCUACAAAUAUUACGUCUCCAUGUUCUUGUGUCCUGAUAGUUGUCCACAUGGGAAGAAUACUCGCACUUCUUUCCAAAUGGAAUACAACACAAGUAUAUUGCCAGGUAAAUACUGGUAGCUAGGGAUCUUAUGAUCCAUGCCUCUCAAUUUGUCCACAUAGAAAGCAAUGAAUGACACAUCAUUGUCUAUAUCAUUUUUUCAACGUUCUAGUGAGUAGAACUAAUAUUAUAAUUUCAGCUUACUGCUUCUGAUAAAUUUAAAGAGAGAUAAUUUAAUGAAAGAAAAUGAUUGCUCUCUUUUUACAGCACGUUAAUGCUGUUUGCACUCAUUCUUCAAAUAUGCAUUAAUGAACAUAUUAAAUACAUUUUAAAUGUAUACAAGAAAUUACAUGCAAAAGUGAUUAUUGCAGAGUGCAUGCAAAGAUCACACUCAUUUUAACUGUUCUGCAAAGGACAAGGAAUACAGGGGGGUAAUUCAGAUCUGAUCGCCGCUGUGCGUUUUCGCACAGUGGACGAUCAGGUACUAAAUGCGCAUGCAUAUGCACCGCAAUGCGCGCACGUGUCGGACAACAACAAAGGGCAUCGCUGGUUAGCGGCGGGAUGGUGCGAAAAAUCCGUUCGCAAGGUGAUUGAGAGGAGGUAGCCGUGUGUGGGUGGUAAUUGACCGUUUUCUGGCAGUGUUUGGAAAAACGCAGGUGUGCCCAAGCGGUUUCAGGGAGUGUGUCUGACGUCUGAUCUGGCCACGAUCAGCUUGAUGUAAUCGCACUGGAUUAGUAAGGUCUGGGCUGCGCAGAGACUGCACACACAUAGCAUCGCACACUUGCACGGCGAAAAUACACUCCCCUGUAGGCGGCGACUAUCUGAACGCAGGACAGCAAAAAAUGCAGUCCAGCUGAAUUACCCCCACAGUCCAUGAUACAGCCCAUUACUAUUACUUAAUGGGGGUAAUUCCAAGUUGAUCGCAGCAGGACAUUUUAUUGCAGUUGGGCAAAACCAUGUGCACUGCAGGGGAGGCAGAUAUAACAUGUGCAGAGAGAGUUAGAUUUGGGUGGGGUGUGUUCAAUCUGCAAUCUAAAUUGCAGUGUAAAAAUAAAGCAGACAGUAUUUACCCUGCACAGAAACAAAAUAACCGACCCAAAUCUAACUCUCUCUGCACAUGUUAUAUCUGCCUCCCCUGCAGUGCACAUGGUUUUGCCCAACUGCUAACAAAGUUCCUGCUGCAAUCAACUCAGAAUUACCGCCAAUGUCUGUUCUUUAAGCAAUAAGUGGGGAAACAGUCUGAGGCCCACAAUGCAUGAUAGGGUUUUUAUUUGUACUCUACCUGGUAAUAUACACGUUGCCUAAGGAAGUUUUAGAUAGAAUUGAUUUAAUAUCCCACGCAAUUGUAUCUAAAAAAACACUUCUGAGCUAUCACUUCUAUAGUUUGUUUUAUAAUGAAUUUAAAUUGUAAAUAUGCAGUAUUAAGUUAAUAAUUUUUUUAAUAAAUUGAAGCAUUAUAAUGAAAAUGUUCUGUGUUUUUGUUUUUAGAGCAGUAACGUGCACAGCAAAAUACAACAUGGGAACUUAUCUAAAAAUAUAGCAGAAAAAGAGGAGGGAAAGUGGGUAAUGCUGGGGUGGGGUACACACCUAUGCAAUCAUCUGAUCCUGAUCGGCCCAGUGUUUAUACAGGAGCGAUGCAAAAACAUUGGCCAAUAAACCGCUUAAAACGCUUCUGCCACUGUCUGAUCGGGAGCUCACAUCUUACGUGCAGUUUAAUAUUUUAUCUGCCGACCUCCCUAUCCCAUAGAAGAACAUUCAAAACUGGCUACACUCCUGAUUAUACAAACAAGGAGAAGUGGCUGCGCUGGAUUUCAGAAAUACAUAUGAUGUGAUCAGUAGAGAGAGCCAACGUGUCAAUUACAAGAUAUCGGAUUUAUUAAAACAUUAACAGUGUACUGAAUAAAAAGCAAUAAACAUGAAAAUUCCUCAAUAA